AUGAAGCUGUCCGCCGCUAUCGUCUUCGCUGCCGUCUCCGGCGCCAUGGCCGCGUCCAUCCCUGCCGACAAGCGCUCCACCCUCGAGGAGCGCGCCCCCCUGGGUGACGACUGGGCUGAGCUGAUGGCCCGCGAGAUCGCCGCCGAGAAGCGCGCUACCCCCCCUGCUUCCGGUACUUCUACUACUGGUGGUUACCCUGCCGGUGGUCCUCAGGGCAACAGCAACAAGGCCGUUGGCGGUACUACCGGUGCUACCGGUACUACUGGCACUACCGGCAGCAAGGCCGCCGCGGGUGGUGCCGGUGCCGCGCCCACUGCCGCCGCCACCGUCCCGAAGCCCAGCGGUGCGGCCAAGGCUUGCCCGGCUCCCAGGAAGGGCACUGCCCAGAAGGGCGCUGCCAACCCGGCCGGCGCCGGCAACACGGCCAACCCCAACGGCGCUGUCACUGGCGCUGGCAACAGCGCUGGCCAGAAGAGCUACGCCAACUCGGCUGGCUCCACCACGGGCGGCUCUACCACUGCCGGCUCUACCACGGGCGGCUCUGGCGCUGGCAAGAUCGGCAAGACCCAGGGCCAGUAA